CAACUUUCUUGAUCACGUAUUUCUACUUGUUGCAUUCAAUCCGUAAUGUUCGUUGACUUCUAAUUGUAAAAGGAAGAUUCUGAAAAGCUAGAUGUCGGUGUACGACAGCGUCGUGGGUGGGAAAUUGAAGCUGAAGGGAAAAGCGUUGGAUGUAAAAGAUUUUGUGAUUAAAAAGAAGAAGAAACGAGACAAGAGAUACCAUAAUUUAUCCCAAACUAGUUCUGAUAUGUUAGGUGGAAACAUGUCAAUGGAUCACCGUGAAGACAGCACAGAGAGUGUAUCAUAUGAUGAUCAUCUUACUCCAGCUGAACGGCGAUUUCUCCAUCAGACACAGAAACUUGAGCUUCAAAGACUGUCAAAAAUGGCGAGCAAGUCUCAUAGGGAUAGAAUUCAUGAGUUCAACCGAUAUCUGGCCAACCUCAGUGAGCAUUAUGAUAUUCCCAAAGUAGGACCUGGUUAAGGAAAACCGUCUUCGUUUUAAUCUUCAUUCUACUAAAUGUUUUGUAAUGUUAUAAUUGAUUAACCUUCUCGAAUUUAUGAAACUAAGAAUGACUGUGCCAAGAAAAUAUAAUAAGUUUUCUAUUUUGUUAAA